GCAUAUUGGGGCUUCUCAUCCAAUUAUUUAGAUUUAACCUCGGUUGUAACAAAAGUUGUCUAAUUAGUCAAAAUUAUACCUUUUUUCUUCAGUUCAUUACUUAAUGAAUCGAUUAGGAUAUUAUACUAAAAUUGUCACCCUAUUUCUCUUUCUUUCAAUUUCUUCGAACCAGAUUAGAAAAGAAAAGUCCAUGGAACAUCCAGAAUUAUGAAAGAACGAAGGGCCAUCGAGACCACCCUAGUGGCCUUAAAAAUUUUCAAAUUUCAGUUAUCCAGCAACGGCUAUGAUUCACCUACCAUUCCUGCAACCACUCCCCGCCAAACUUUUCCAACCCUUCGUAGUCUCCAUUCCCCUGAAUCCCUUCUCCUUCUUUAGCUCAAACACCCUUCCUUUCUUCUGCUCUCCUUCCUCUGCGCUCCCUUCUCCGCAGUCACCAUGAGGCCAGAAAUCCCUCUCCUCCUCUCCCUCUCCCUCUCCCUCUCCUCUCUCCUCCACCCUGCCAACCCCGCCUGCGUCCCUCGCAACUCCUCUCCCACAUACCCCUACCUCUCUUCCCCAUCGUCGUCUCCGAGGCCAUCCCCGGCCCGCGGUCCAUCUCCGACGCCAGCCUCAUCGCCGUCCACCACCCCUACGCCAUCUCCAGCGGAGGAACCAUCUCCGUCCCCUGUCUCGUCGCCAUCGCUCCCCCCGACCCCAUCUCCGUCUCCAUUCUCAUCACCAUCAGCCACGCCCGCCUCUUCAACUCGCUCGAGCGGCCUUCAAGAUGCCAUCGAGGGGAUGUGCAAGCACACCGACCACCCGGAAUUGUGCCUCUCAUCAAUCAGUUCUCUCUUGCCGGCAUUCGGGACCGUCGACGCCAGAACUCUCCUUGCUCUGGAAAUGAAGGCAUGCCAGUCCCACACCGAGCUUGCGCGUGCCCAGGCUGCCAAGCUCGUGGAUGACGGCUCCGCUCCAUCUUCGGCGAGCAUCCUCCAAUCGUGCGCCGAGAACUACGAGGAUGCAUUGAACGAUCUCGCCGCCGCCGCCAAGGCCCUGGCGGAGGGGGAUAAGGGGACUCUCAAUGUUAUGCUGAGUGCGCUCCUCGACGACUAUGGCACAUGCGAGGAUGGGUUCGCGGAGAUGCCCGGAACCUCGCCGAUGGCGAGCUACGAUGAUACGCUCACCAAGUUGGCUAGCAACUGCCUUGCCCUUGCUGAAUUGAUCAAAUUCUGAAGCUCGAGCCUUCUUCUUGGAUAGUUUUCUUCUGUGUAAUCCUGGGCUUCAUUUUAGGUUUCUUUUUUUUGUUUUGAGCAAACUGAUGGGCAUGGCCAUCAUGUUCAUUUCAUGGACAUUAUGAAAGAUGUUCUUUUUUGGAUAUUUAUUAAGAAAAUUCCUUCAGCUGGGUUUCUUCUUC